AUGGCAAGCACAACGCAAAUUUGUAUCCGACCUGAGACAAGACGCGACGUGCCGGCAAUAGAAGAGGUCACCUCAGUCGCAUUCAUGAAUGCGGAGCACACAGACCACAACGAGCAAUUCAUUAUCCGCGGCCUCCGCGAAGCGGACCAUCUAUCAAUCUCGCUAGUCGCCGAAGACGAAGUCACGCGUAUAAUCGUGGGCCAUGUCGCUGUUUCACCUGUAAAUAUCGCGAAUGGCAGUGAGAAUUGGUACGGCCUAGGGCCAAUCUCAGUUUUACCUCGAUAUCAAGGAAAUGGCGUGGGGUCGUCAUUAAUUAAACGCGCGUUGGCAGAUCUUCAGAGUCGCCAUGCGGCCGGUUGCGUUGUAUUAGGAAAUCCGAAAUACUACACGCGUUUUGGGUUCAAGCCGGAUCCUUCUCUGCAGCUACCUGGAGUGCCACCGGAAUAUUUUAUGGCUCUGACUUGGCGUAAGCCAACACCUACUGGGACUGUGUCAUAUCAUAAAGCUUUUGAGCCGUCGACAUAG